AUAUGGCAUACGUUAUACGUCAUUGUCCCCGUGGGUGCAGGAACGGAUUUGUAAUGAGGCUUUUCUCCCUGUAUGCUAUGGAGAAAGCAGACAACCGGCUGAGGGUCCGUUUGGAUAGGGUGUAUGACAGGGUCGCUGAUGCAGUCGGGAUGAGCGUAAUGGCGGUACGGAUGAUGGUGCACCGGCAGCACAGCACGAAAUGUCAGCCUGGGACACCACCACCAACGCCAACUGCGACACCUCCCACAACACCGCCAGUCUUCGACAGUUUCACUGUCGGUGCCAUUCGUCGCAAAGUGUACGGAAAGUUCGCCGCUAAACAAGCUAUAACAAUAGCUUCCCUGACGGAGGACCUGAAGACGGCGUGCAUCAUCCCGGAGGGAACCUCGCUCACGUCGAUGUGGCGACUCCUUCAUAACAUGGGAUUCCGCUAUAGGACAUCACAGCGGAAGAUGUAUGUGAGGAAGGAGUCCCUGGAUGUCGUGUGCCGACGGAUUAGUGCUCUCCGGGCACUCAGACGGCACCGGGAGGAUGGGAGGCAGGUGGUGUAUCUGGAUGAGACGUGGUUCACCACCAGGAUGCACCACAGCAUGGAGUGGGUGGACAGCACCCAGCCUGCCACUAGCGACAUGUACAGCCGUCAGGUGCCACCCGGAGAAGGGGAGCGCUUUGUGGUGGUCGCAGCUGGGACAGCCGAUGGUUUUGUGGAAAAUACGUUCCUUUGCUUCCACACCAAUACAACCAGCGGUGACUACCACGGCGAGGUGAACGGGGAUCUCUUCCUUCGCUGGCUCACAUCACAGCUCCUGCCAUCGCUGGCUGAGCCGUCAGUACUGGUGCUGGACAAUGCACCAUAUCACAGCAAGCUGACAGAGGAGAGUCGCUGCCCCACUACCGCCACCAAGAAAGGGGAUCUUAUUAAAUGGCUGGAGCAAUACAGGGUGCCCUUCCCACCACACGCGACACGGCCUGAGCUCCUCCUCAUAUGCAAACAACACCGACCACAGCCACAAUACAUCGUCGACAACACCAUCCGCAUGUGGGGCCACGAAGUCGUCCGCUUGCCACCAGCUCAUCCAGAGCUUAACGCCAUAGAGCAGGUGUGGGGGCACAUGAAAAGACACGUGCGCUCGUCCUUACACCGUUUCACCCGGGCGGACCUGCAGGCCAGGCUGGAGGAGGCAAGGCUUUCUGUCACGCCAGAGGUGUGGGCGGGUGCGGUGCGGCGAUCCCAGAGCUUUGAGGAGGAGUACUGGUCCACGGACAACAUACACCAAAGCGUAGAUCCUGUCAUCAUAAACCUCGACAGUGAUGACGAGGAUGACUUAUUUUUGGAAAGCGACGGAGAGUAAAAUAAAAUGUAUUUACUCAUGUUUGCAUGACUUGCCACCUCAUCAUAUA